AUGCGCGGUGACGGUAGCAUUCAGGAGCUGCCGCAUUUGGAUCUGACGCCGCCGACCUUUCCCAUUGACACCCCGCAAUGGACAGCCGCGAUGGCUGCAUCGACGCCGUCAGACCCGACGCGCCUCCGUCUCGUGACUUGGAACAUGUGGUUCGACGAUAGAGCCCAGGCACAGCGCUUCGAUGCACUCAUCGUGGACGUACUGGCGCUCAACCCGGACGUCGUGUGCCUCCAGGAGGUUACGCCGCAGGUGCUUUCAGCGAUCGAGGCCUCGGCGCUGCUGCAGUCCACGUACGAACACAGCCCCGAGCCCGUGUCCCCCUACGGCUGCCUCAUCCUGGCGCGGCGAGCGCUCCGCCCAAAGUUUGCCAACACGCCGCUGCCCUCCAAGAUGGGGCGCUCCAUGGUCACAUGCGUUGUCCAAGGGCACAUGGGCACGCUGCCUGACGUCAUCAUUGGCACGGUCCACCUCGAGUCGCUCAACGCGCCGGCGAUGCGUGAGGCGCAGCUUCGCGCCUGCGCUGCCGUCUUCCUGCCGCACGCCAACGCGGUGCUCUGUGGCGACUUCAACUUUGACGAUACGCAGGCGUGGGGUGAUUGGCACCGCGAUCGCAUCCGGCCGCUUGAGAACGACGUGCUCGCCGUAACGCUGCCCGAUUUCGAAGACGCAUGGCCGAAGCUGUGCCCCGGUGUGCGCGGCGCGACCUUUGACGGCGUCCACAACCCGGUGUGCGUCGCCGACCGCAACGAGGUCAUGCGCUACGACCGCGUCCUCAUCAAGCGCGGGCAGUGGCAAGGGAUAAGCAUGGCGCUUCUCGGUGAACAUGCGCUGGACGCGAGCGGCAUCAAGAUCAGCGACCAUUACGGCCUCGUGGUCGACUGCGCCGUGCGCGACCAUUGA